UUGAAAAAGUAAGAGAGAGAUUGGUGAGCAAGCAUUUUUUUGCUCAUUGGUGCGAUAGUUAUUGUGAAAAAACUUUACUCAUGGGCAAAAUGAUAUUUGUUGAGAGAGAAAGUAGGUGGAGAGAGAGAGAGAGUGAGCAUAUUGUUUUUUGCCCACUGCUAUAAGUGGUCUAAUAGGGCAAAUACACCUAAACACUCAUAUUUUUUAUUAUUUUUUUUUUAUAACACAGGGUUUAGGGUUUUAGAAUAUUCAGUCUAGCAAGAACUCCAGUAAUCUGAUCUCUGCAUUUGCAAUUCAACAAUAAUUCCCCUAUUAUCCGUCCAUGUUUCGUUGCAGAGUUUUAUGGCGGAGAAAUCUCACUCUCAGCCGCAAAAAUCCCACUUCUGCAGCACCAUUUUGUGCGCAUAACCCCAUUUCAGUCGACAUUUUGGAAAAUGAGCAUAAUAGAUUGUUCACACCGAUUACAGUAUCUCUAUUUUCCAGUUUGAUUGAUCACAGGCUCAAAACCCACGAUUUUGUUCGAAGUUACUGCUCUGGGAAGCCGAAUUCAGGUGAAUGGAGUGAGGAAAUAGAGUAUUUAGAUGAGAAGGGAGGUGUUCUUUACACCGGUAAAGGCGUUCGUUCUGUCGAACCAGGUGUUGAUGAUCAUGUAAUGUCAGGUGGGGUUAAGAAACCAUUUCUGAAUGCUUCUGCAGUUGCAAAACUUGUGGAGAUAGUGAGGAGGUGGAAAUGGGGGCCUGAGAUGGAAACCCAAUUGGACAAACUUCAAUUUGUUCCCAAUAUGACGCAGGUAAUUCAAGCUAUGAAGAUAAUCAAUGAUGGCGAAAUGUCGGCUAGCUUGUUCCAAUGGGCAAAGAGGCAACAAUGGUAUGUUCCAAAUGAUGAAUGUUACUUGUUAUUGUUGGAUGAAUUGAAUAAAAGUAGAGAUUAUGAUAAAAUACAAUUAUUGUUUGAUGAGAUGAUUCGCGAUUAUGUUGAUAAUGGUAAAUCUUCUUUUAGUGCAUAUAAUCGUGUGAUUCAGUAUUUAGCUAAGGCCGAAAAAUUAGAAGUGUCAUAUUGUUGCUUUAAGAAGAUUCAGGAAGCUGGUUGUAAGGUUGAGACACAAACUUAUAAUCAUUUAAUAACCUUAUUUUUGAACAAGGGUUUGCCUUAUAAGGCGGUUGAAGUGUAUGAGGGUAUGGAAGCAAGUGGAUGUUCAUUAGAUAGCUCAACAUAUGAGUUAAUGAUACCUAGCUUGGCACGAUCUGGUCGUCUAGAUGCUGCUAUUAAGCUUUUUCAAGAGAUGAAGGAGAAAAAAUUUCGUCCUAGCUUUUCUAUAUUUGCAUCGUUUGUUGAUUUGAUGGGGAAGGCAGGGAGGCUGGAUAUGUCUAUGAAGUUGUAUAUGGAAAUGCAGGGCUUUGGAUAUAGGCCAUCAGCCACUAUGUUUGUUUCACUAAUAGAGUCUUAUGUCAAGGCUGGAAAAUUAGAAGCAGCUCUUCGGCUUUGGGAUGAAAUGAAAAAAGCUGGUUUCAGGCCAAAUUACGGACUUUAUACGAUGGUUGUUGAAUCUCAUGCAAAAUCAGGAAAGCUUGAGACCGCAAUGUCUGUUUUCCAGGACAUGGAGAGAGCAGGGUUCCUGCCUACACCCUCUACCUACUCUUGCCUAUUAGAAAUGCAUGCUGCCUCUGGACAAGUGGAUCCUGCCAUGAAGCUCUAUAACUCAAUGACAAAUGCAGGUUUAAGACCGACACUCAGUACUUAUACUGCACUUUUGACCCUUGUAGCCAGUAAGAAGCUGGUGGAUGUGGCUGCUAAAAUUUUGCUUGAAAUGAAAGCCAUGGGUUAUCCUGCAGAUGUUAGUGCCAGUGAUGUUCUUAUGGUCUAUAUUAAAGAUGGUUCUGUAGAUCUUGCAUUAAGAUGGCUUCGGUUCAUGAGUUCAUCUGGGAUAAGGACUAAUAAUUUUAUCAUCCGACAGCUUUUUGAGUCCUGCAUGAAAAAUGGAUUGUAUGAUUCUGCCAAACCUCUUCUUGAAACAUACGUGAACUCAGCUGCAAAAGUUGAUCUGAUACUUUACACAUCAAUUCUAGCUCAUCUUGUCAGAUGUCAGGAUGAGCAGAGUGAGAAGCAUUUAAUGUCCAUUCUUAGUGCUACAAAGCAUAAGGCACACGCCUUCAUGUGCGGUCUUUUCACUGGCCCAGAACAAAGGAAACAACCAGUUUUACUUUUUGUUCGGGAUUUUUUUCAAGGAAUUGAUUAUGAACUAGAAGAAGGGGCAGCUAAGUACUUUGUUAACGUACUCCUCAAUUAUCUUGUUCUAAUGGGACAGAUAAAUCGUGCACGUUGUGUUUGGAAGGUCUCCUAUGAGAAUAAACUUUUCCCAAAGGCAAUUGUCUUUGAUCAGCAUAUUGCUUGGUCCCUUGAUGUCAGAAAUUUAUCGGUUGGAGCAGCACUCAUUGCUGUCGUGCACACCCUUCAUAGGUUUAGAAAACGCAUGCUUUACUAUGGCGUUGUACCCCGAAGGAUCAAACUUGUUACUGGGCCAACUCUGAAGAUUGUGAUUGCCCAGAUGUUGAGCUCAGUUGACUCUCCUUUUGAGGUUAGUAAAGUUGUUUUGAGAGCUCCAGGUGAUUCUGUCCUGGAAUGGUUUAAGAAACCUAUAGUUCAAAAGUUCUUAUUAAAUGAGAUUCCAUCCCGAGCUGACAUUCUCAUGCACAAGUUGAAUAUAUUAUUCCCCAGUUCUGCACCUGAAAUGCGAUCUUUAUCACCACCUAAACCUCUUCUGGAGGGAAGACGUCUUGAAUAGUAUGUACCUAUUAUCAAUGAAAUGUUGUGCUGUUUAAUUUGUUCUUUAAUUUAGGCAUUAAAAAAAAAAAAGGUUAGUUUAUAGACAUAGAAAUAGAAGUUUUUGGUUCUCCUGUAUUGGUGUACUCAUAUAUGUUAAUUGGGAGGAUGUCAUUCUCCUGUUCCAUGUAAAUCCUGUUACCUUGUGGUUACUUUUGUUUGUCAAUCUACAUUUUUUUUCACACAA